AUGAUUUAUGGUAAACCAAGUGAUUAUGUUCCACGGGAACUGUUAAAAUCUAAAAAUGGCAAACCCGCUGAUCUUAAAAAGUCAAUGAAUUUUGUUAAAAAUGAGAAUGAAAAUUGUUCAAAUGAAUUAGCUGGCAAAUCCGAACAAGUAAAUGAGACAGAAACGGAAAUAGAAAAGGAAACAGAACCAGUUAAAAUAUCCACAGAGGAGAUCGAAGAAAGAAAACCUGAUGUAUUGACUAAUAAACUUGAAACAUCUGUUUCAAGUGACUCAGAAAUCAGCUCUGGUGAUUCGGGAAACUAUUCUUGUAUGCCUGAAACAUCGAAUGAUACAUCAGAAACUCAUGAUAAAGAUGAAAAACUUGAUAUUUUUUAUUGUGAUAGUGAAGAAAUUGAUAGACAUGGGUCCUCUGAUGAACCUGACAAUCAAAUGGCAGAUUCUGGAACAUUAGAUAAUGAGCAUAGCUCUUCCAAAGAUUCUGAUUGUGAUGAGCAAUUAGAAUCUCGCAACGUUGCAGCCAAAGAGAGUCAAAUAGUUUCAGACAUAGACUGCUCAUCAUCUGACAAACCAGAAUCAGUUGAUGUCAAGGACUCAGAAGUUGAUAAAGCUGAAAAAGAGAUACCCGUGGAAACCAACUCUGAAGAAACUCAUGAGAUCUCGGAGCCUGAAGAAAAAGGAUCCAUGGAAAUCAAUUCAACAGUUGAUUCAACUGAAGGAGAGAUAUUUGUGGAAACUUUUUCUAGGGAAACUCCUGAGAACAUAUUUUCUGAGGAAAAGGGAUAUGUGGAAAUCAAUUCAACAGAUGAUUCAACUCUCGACCCCAAAGGAUCAGAUUCUAAAGAAUAUGUUUCAAAUGAAGCAAAGUCUACUGAAGCUGUUUCUUCAAAGAAAAACCAGUCACGUAAAAACAGAAGAUCAUGGAAAAAGAAAGUUAAAAAGGAAAACCCGUCUCUCCAGCAAACUGAAUCUUAA